CCCUGGAAGCUUGAUGGGAUUUGCUGGUAUUUCCAUCAUUCCAAAGCGCUGUAAUGACACCUUCUGGAGCACAAAACUACAUCCCUCUCUUGAGAAGGCCACAAAACCAGUUCUGUACAUCUCUUUUCAAAGCACUUUGAAGAAUGGAUCCGUGGUGAGGGUAAAAAGCUGGCCCCGUCGUCCUGACGGGGUGAGAUGUGAACAUGUUAAUCCUUGCCUGGCCUCUGAUUUCUGCUCACCGGUCUGAACACCAUCCCCCACCCCCAAGUUCUCAAUAAAGUGAAAUGAGCCUUAGUUAAGUGAGCAAAUACCGGUUUAAUAUAUCCAACUUAAUUAAAGUGAUAAUCAACUAGCAACUGAAGAUAAUCCUUGCUGAGCACUGGGAAAGGGCCCUCACAUUAAUGGGUAAUUGCAGGUAUGUAAUAACCUGAGAACUUUGCUCGGGCUGAUUUCAUGCUCGGGAAAGCAGCCCCAUGACGUACUGCAAGCCACAGAAAGAGGAUCUGCCCUGGUCAGUAAGCCCCAUAAAGCUAAGAGCAGAGAGGCUGAGUUGAUCUAGAAAGAAAAAAAAAAGGUGACUGAGGCACGGCCAGCAGAUAAUGAGCCUUCCUGCGUUUUGCUCUUUCCAUUUCACAUCAAACGUAAGGAUUUGGAGACCAGAUCUGGUCAUUCGUGAAGCAAAUUCUCCUUCUGGACCCCACAGUGGCACGGGGUGGGAAGUUGGAGGAAUCCAGCUCUCAGGUUUACACAAUGAAAGAACACAUCAUAUGUCAGAAGUUUUAUGGAUUGAUUCUCAUGUUGAGCGGUACCUUUCUCUCAGAUGCACUUUCACUGAAAGGAAAAAGACUGGAUUUUUAUGGAAGAGCUGACACGUACGUGAGCCUGACCAACACGGUUCCUGAACUCAGUCGAUUCACAGCAUGCAUUGACCUGGUAUUCGUGGAUGACAAAUCAAGUGAUUGGAUGGCCUUCUCCUAUAUUACUAAUAACACCUUCCUGGGAAGAGAAGACAUAGACCUUGGACUUGCAGGAGACCAUCAGCAGCUAAUACUGUACAACUUGGGGAGGACUUUUUAUAUCCGUUACCAACUGACUCCGUUUCAGUGGCAUACAAUCUGCUUGAUAUGGGAUGGUGUCAAGGGCAGAUUAGAGCUCUUCCUGAAUACAGAAAGGAUACUGGUAGUGAUGGAUCAACCACAAAGCCUGACACCUAAUGGGACUCUGAUUCUAGGACAUUUUCUCAAGAACUGGGACAGCCAGGUUAAAAGCCCACUGCCUGGCUUCGCUGGCAGCUUGUACUACUUUCAACUCUGGGACCACGUCCUGAAAAAUGAGGACUUUAUGAAGUGUUUGGGUGGAAACGUCGUUAGUUGGGAAGAAGAUGUUUGGCUCAUCAACAAGAUCAUCCCAACUGUUGACAUGAGACUGCGCUGCUUUGUUUAUGAAAAUAUAACAACUCAAGAAAUGAGUACAACUCUUUCUCAACAAAUAGAUGUGACAACUCCAUCCCAAGUUACUGGACUAAAACCGCAAGAGACAGUAUAUUCUUCUACAAUGAUGUUUAAAAGCAUGCCUGUAUUUGCAACUGAUUAUGCAACCGUAUCAUAUUCCAGUACAACGUCUCCACUUCUGGAAACAGUGACUGCCCCCAAAUUAUUAAAGACAUCCGUAGCGGGGACUGCUAGAUUCACGGCAGACAGUUUGUCAACUUCAGCAGCCAUCACUCUGCCUACCAAGGGUACCUCCACGGGCGCUACCACCAAUUCCAUGAAAAUAACUAAAUCCCCAUCUUCAGAGAGCACCGGGACAACAAAAAUGGCUGAAGCCAUUGCUACUGAGACAUUUCCUCAAACUGCAGCUACUAAUUUUCCGUACACAUCUGGAUUUACCAAGGAUUCAAUUAUACCCAAAACUUCAGUGACUGGAUCUCAGUCGGCCAUUAUGAAGACAACAUCUGUAUUCUCAUCUGUUGAGUCAACACCCAUAUCUACAACAUCUUGGCCCAAGCAGAAAUCCACAGGUAUUGAGGCACUUUCUAUCUUCACAGCUAGCCAGGAGUUUCUUACAUCUACAGAUGCUGGAACAGUGCCUCGGUCCACGGUGGAACAGACUUCGGCUAUAGCUACUCAUGUUGGGACUGUAUCCGCAUUCCCACCCGGGUCUGUGCUCAUCUCCACAGUUGCUCCAGGGCAUUCUGUAUUUCCUAGAAAUCAGACAGCAUCGACACUGGCAAUAACUGACACAGAAAUAACAUCUACAGUUCAUUCAAAACCACUCCCAACGAGGCCCGUUGAGAUGAUGCCUGUGCUAAGAACAGCUGAGGCAGAAUUGACAUCUAUAGAUUUCCAGGACGUCUCUUCACCCAGAAUGGAGGAUACGAUAUCUACUUUCAUACCAGAAAAGGCCUCUUCUAUGGCCCUUUCUUUCAGGACAUCCUCUCCAUUCACCGGAGCUCAGGAUGUACAGACAGUUAGUGACGCUGAGACUACACAUCCAGCCUCGACUCCUGGAGUCACACCUGCCGCCACGGUGGCUGAAACUGUGCUCCCCCCCACAACACCUGGGCCGACACAUACCCAGAAUACACCCACAGAUGGUGGAAACAUGCCCUCUUUGAAUUCUACUAGAUCAGCUUCCACAGUCAAGGCAUAUGAGUCUGGUCCCACAUCCAUAACUGAUGAUGGUGCCCCACUACUCUCCACCGGUGAAGCCACUUGGGCUUCCAGGCCAGACCAGACCCUGCUGACACUAGCAUUCCAUGGGAGUGCUUCUAAUGCAGAACAUUCGUCCACAACUAGUCCUAUUGGUAUCCCACCAGGAGCACCCUCAGAAAGUGAGGCUACCCCUGUCACCGAUGCUAUUAUUACCGCUGAUGGUACUACAGACAGAUACACAAGAGCUCUAUCCAACUCGACAGUUUCGUGGUUGUUUGUUAACUUGUCCACAGUUUCGAGACCCGCAUCUGUAACCACACUGCCUGAGUUUAAACUUACCACCUUCCUACUAAAAACUACCCCUAUGUCUACAGCAGCUGGAAGUGAGGUUCUUUCAACGCCAAGGGAGACAGUUGCUCCCCCAGUAGAUGCAUCUACCGUUGCUGACACUGAACCAAAUUUUUCUACUGAGGAGAGCGCUUCUGAGACCAUCCUAACAGAGACCAGUGGUGCGAUUGCAUGUGGAGGGACAACGGCCGCCGUAGCAGAGCCUGCACAAACACAAAGAUAUGAGGCUACUGUGACAAGGAAAGAAACAACUGCCCAUUGUCUUGAGGGAAAAUCAACUAUAGCAGUGACAACUGAGCAUUCUCCUUCUGCAACAAUGCCGGAAGCAGCGGAUGAAUCUGCACAAAGGGUAACAGCUUCUGUCGCCAUUUCCCCUUUUCCCGAUAUAGAAAAGUUGACUAUCCCAUUGGAGAAUGCAACUGCAACCACUGAGGUGAGCGGAAGUUGGCUUUCUACAAAAUCGAUGAAGACCACACCUAAGAGUUCAUAUGAUGGAACCACAGAAAUCUUUCAUUCCACCCACACCUACACAGCACAUUGGACUUCAGAGGCUUCGCCUGAGGGGAAUCCAACCCCAUCUCCCAUUUCUGGGAGCGCACAGACAUUCCCUGAACCCUUGGGCGCGUCCACCAGAAGGAUUUUGGGGACCAGUUUUGCCACUAUCCCUACAGACAUGACAGCUAUGUCCUUGCCUGCUGGCAUCUCGCCUCCGCAGCCUACAGCUACCCAUCCCUCAGCAACCCCUGUGCCAUCAGCUCCUGCGAGCACAGCUUCAGCGUCACCUUUGGGUCACACUGCUUCGGCAACCAGCCGCGGCAUGCCUACACACAGACGCUCGAUUCACACCACUUCAGAAGCCACAGUGAUCUCCAUCAGUAAAACACCCGCGACAGUCCUCUCUCUGACAGAACAUCCAGUCCCCUCGUGGAGACCUCCUACUCCCGUGGCAACUAAGGCUGAGACCACCCAUCGCCUCACCUUGGCUGACACAGUAACCCCAUUUACACCCACUCUUGUCUGCUCUAAGUCUGUCUCUGACAACAUUCCUGUUGUGUCCUCCACCCGUGUGAUCUCAACUCGGUUUACACCAGUGACGACCCGACCUGUAUCUCAAGUGGAGGAGACUUCCCCCCACGCUCUCAGCUUUCUGCACACUCUCAGCAGUAGUGGGGAUGUUGUUAGCUUGGCGACCAGCACCACAGAAACCUCUGUUGUUGACGAGACCAUGUCCUCAGACACGUCUGCCCAUAAGGCUAGUACUUCAGUAGAUGAUCACAUUUCUCAAUCUUCAGCGCAUCUUGGAAACACACUGGUCCCCACCCCAUUAGUGACUGACGUUUCUACCUUGCCUUCUGACAAAGAGCAGAUGACCACAUCCCUGGGAAACACCUCUAGAACUAUGGAGGUGACAGAAAUGUCCCCAGCGGAGAAUCCUUUUAUUUCAGACUCCCAGAGUACUUCAUCCUUGCAAAUGACAGAUACAGGAGCUGCUGAGAGCCCAGCAAUUUCCACCCAUCAAACACGUUCACCUUCAGACUUCCCACUUGCAACGCCACCUGACAGGAUUUCAGCUUCACCUCCCGCUUCUGGGAGUAUACAAACUACAUCUACCUCUCUCUCAAGCCACACAGGAGAUGCUCACAUUCCAGAAAUGUCUACCGUCACUUCUGGGACAACCAGAGUAUCGAAUCCUGUAGACAUCAACACAUCUCUUUCAAACUUGCUUCCCCCUAAGACUCAAACGGAGCUGACUUCAGGCGCCUCUCCCAUUUCUGAAAGCACACAGACCUCCCCUGAGUUCCUGUCUCUUUCUACAACUGGACCAUCUGGUGCCACUUUUAUACUCGUCUCUACUGAUGGGGUCACUACAGCCCUUUCUGCUCCAAAUGUACCAACGGUACUUCUUGGGAAAACCUCUACGGCAACGUCCAUUCCUACCUACCAGAUGUCCUCACUGCCAGUUGGCGUCACUGCCUUUGCCUCCAAAAGAGUUUCUGAAACUCCUGCAACACUAGUAACUAACUCUUCUAAAACAACACACCCAGAUUGCCCGAAAAGUCCCUCCACAGCCACUUCUGCGCCUAUGUCUGAGAUGUCCUCAAUGUUAGUGAGUGGCUCUGCUUUCUCACCUCCAGCUGCCUCUUUUGACACUUCCGCAGCAGCUGGGUCAUUCUCUUCAUUAUUGUCUUCAACUACCCCUAGGACUACUAUGACCGUACCGGCAUCUACACUGGAUGUCGCACCUAGGCCUGCUUCAAAAAGCACGCUGUUUUCCUCUGCUUUCAUUACUUCAGAAGUGACAGAGGUGUCCUCCAGGAUCACACCUACAUCCUCUUCUUCUCCGACAGAGUCAACUUUUCCCUCCGUGAAAACCAUCCCAACCACUAUCAUGGCGGGGAUAGCACCUCCAUCUGUAGGCACCACUGCCUCCUCUCUACUCAGUUCUAGGAACACGGAAGCGAUUUCUUCCAUUCCAAAGACCACAUUUUCACCCUUUCUAGCAACAACCCAUCAGUCAUCACAAAAUGAGACGGCAACUCUGGGCAUAUUACCUGGGACUACCAAGGACUCCCUGUCUCCUGUAAGCAGUAGUACAGUAACAGCCCUCACAAAUACUUCUUCUGGAACUGAUGCCCUGGAAAGUGUGUUUUCAUCUACUCCGUCAGGUCAUCCCCAUACUUCCUCGAGUAUUCAGGUGUCCCCGUCUUUGACUAGCUUUAAGAGCACUCCUGGACACACAAAAAGGGUCAAAGCCACCACUUACCUUUCUUCCAAUACAGAAAAGAAGACUUCCUGGUCAGAAAAUACUUCAACAGCUGAACCAACAAAAGGUGCCACAUCUGUGAAGACCCCUGUUUCGUACUCUCCGUGGACUCCAUCCAUUGCAACUCCACCCUCUUUGACAUCACUUCUUUUUUCACCUCAUCGUAUGGAAGCCAAAUUCUCCACUCCAAAGACUUUUCUUCCUCUUACAUCCCAAAUGGUUGAAUUUCCAGUUCUGGGAACAAGAACCACACCUAGUAACACCCAACCUCUGCUUAUGACUUCCUGGAACACACCCACAGCUAAAGGUUCUCAAUUUCCAAUUUUUACCAGUACUCAUGUACCUACACCCCAUAAGACGGAAACGGAGAUUCCAUACCUUGUUCCUGGGUCUUUGUCAACAUUCGCAGCCCCUCAGACUGGUCUUGUAUCUGGAGAUGUUAUGGCAAAGCCAUCAAUUUCCACGUCAGGAUUUCUUCCCACCUUGGGGAUGUCUGACAGCCCUUCAUCAAUAUCUUCAAGAUCUAUCCCUAUCACUUUGGCUGAUACUAAGCACACGUUUGAGAAAACAGCGACAUCCGUAACUCUUGGGACCACACUCCCAUCGAAUCAUUCUGGUGCUACUUCAGGAUCCAUACUUUCAAAGGCUACUAGUUCACCCACGAUGGCUUGGAUUUUAUCCACUCUCCCUUCGGGUUCUCCACUGUCAACUGUAUCCAGUACUCCUCACAUUGUAACUUCUUCUACAGUAAAGCUGUCAGAGUCCACAUCUCUGACUUCUGACAGGACGUCAACACGCUCGUUCACUAACUUUACAACACCAUCCUUUGCUACUGUACGCACCACACUCCCCGAAACCACCACUACACCUGCAGUGGGCAGCAUCAGCACUGGCUUCCCAACUUCUCUCCCUGUGUCUGUUAAACUCACAGAUAACAGCCUAUACGUUUCCAAAUCCCCUGGGGCAUCUUCCAGAACCACUGCGAUUGCCAACUCCAAGACUGUGUCUCAACCUCUACCCUCUAGCAAAAUGAGUAGCUCACCUCCCGCAACUGACCACGCCCGAUCUAUUAGUUCCAUGCUUCUGCCCAGCCACGCCGUGACAUCUGCCUGGAGCAGAAUCCCAGCUGUAUCAGCAUCCUCUACACUGGACUCCCAUUCAGAUAUAACUGCCAAUACAUCUACUACUACUGGAGGCUCACUUCUACUCACACCCACUGGAGUAACACCCCUUCCUCCAGCAACUGUGCCUUCACUACUCUCUUCCUCUCCUGAGACAACCUGGCUAGACUCCACACCUUCUUUUAGGUCUAUGGAAACCUCGACUUCACUUAUUGCCACUGAGUCCACAGUCUCCUUCUACAAUAUUGAAAUGAGUUUCUCUGUCUUUGAUGAAGACCCAAGGAUCCCGGUUAUCAGUGUUGUCAAAGAAUUUGCAGAAAAUUGGUUGAAUUCUAUAUUUCAGGACAGUGAAUUUGCUGUUGCUAAUCUGGCCAUUCAAAUUAAAAGCAGCUGUGUUUGUCAGGUCAUCCUAAAAGCCAACUCUUCUUUAGCAGCCAGCGAAUUGAUUAGCAGGAUCGAAAGGAAAAUACAUGGCAACCUCACACAUGGAAACUUCACGCAAGGUCAACUGAUGUUGUUAGUUGCAUCGGAACACAUUGCAGUGGAAAAACUAGAGCCUGGAAGGUGCAAAGCCCAAGAAACAGUCUCUAAAUACAAAGGGACCUAUAAGUGGCUCUUAACCAACCCUACCGAGACAGCCCAAACUAGAUGCAUAAAGAAUAGGGAUGGAAACGCCACUAGAGACUGCUCAAUCAACAUGGAGACUGGCAAAUCUCAGUGGGAAAAACCGAAGUUAAAACAGUGCAAACUGCUUCAAGGACUUCCUGAUAAGAUUGUGGAUCUCGCUAACAUUACUAUAAGUGAUGAGAAUGCAGGUGAUGCUGCACAGCACAUUUUAAACUUGAUAAAUGAAUCCCCCACUCUGGAUGAAGACGAGACAAAGAUUAUUGUUUCUAAAGUAUCUGACAUUUCACAAUGUCAUGAGAUAAGUAUGAAUCUAACCCAGAUGAUACUACAAAUAAUCAGUGCUGUUUUGGGAAAGCAAAACAAUUCAGCAUCUGAUCUGCGUGAAGUGAGAAAUGAAAUUCUGAGGAUAAUUGAGCGUGCUGGUCACAAGAUGGAGUUUUUUGGGAGGACAGCAAAUCUGACAGCAGCCAGCCUGGCUUUGGCCAUCUUGCGGGUAGACCACACAUUUGAAGGCAUGGCCUUCAGCAUUCGCUCCUACAACGAAGGUGCAGACCCUGAGAUUUAUCUGGGUGAAGUCCCUCUGGGAAGGAUUUUGGCUUCCAUAUAUUUGCCUAAAUCCCUGAGGGAGAGAAUUCCUCUUCGCAGCUUACACACCAUCUUGUUUAACUUUUUUGGCCAAACUUCACUCUUUAAGACCAAAAAUGUCACUAAAGCAUUAACUACCUUUGUGGUGAGUGCCAGCGUUUCAUAUACAUCAAUUCAAAACUUGGCUGACCCAGUGGUUAUUUCUCUGCAGCAUGUUGGAGGAAACCAGAAUUACGAUCAAGUUCACUGUGCAUUUUGGGACUUUGGGAGUAACGAUGGGCAAGGUGGAUGGAACUCGUCAGGCUGUAAAGUAAAGGAAACAGACGUAAAUCACACAAUCUGUCAGUGUGACCACCUCACCCAUUUUGGAGUCUUAAUGGAUUUAUCCAGGUCUGCAGUGGAUGCAGUGAAUGAACGGAUAUUAGUGCUUAUAACAUACAUUGGAUGUGGAAUCUCCUCCAUUUUCCUGGGAGUUGCAAUGGUGACAUACAUAGCUUUUCACAAACUUCGAAAAGAUCAUCCUUCCAAAAUCCUGAUCAACCUGUGCACAGCACUACUGAUGCUAAACCUGGCAUUUCUGGUCAAUUCCUGGUCCGCAUCAUUUCAGAAGGCGGGACUGUGUAUCACAGCCGCAGGGGUGCUUCAUUACUUCCUGCUCGUUUCUUUGACUUGGAUGGGCCUGGAGGGGGUCCACAUGUAUAUCUCUCUGGUCCGAGUCUUCAACAUCUACGUUCCCAAUUAUAUCCUUAAAUUUUGUCUAGUUGGUUGGGGAAUCCCAGGGAUCAUGGUGGCGAUCACACUCAGUGUGAAAAAAGAUCUAUACGGAACCCUAAGCUCAACGACUCCAUUUUGUUGGAUUAAAGAUGAUUCUAUCUUUUACACCUCAGUUGUGGCCUAUUUUUGCCUCAUAUUUUUAAUGAAUCUCUCCAUGUUCUGCACUGUUCUCGCUCAACUGAAUUCCAUGAACUCCCAAAGCCAGAGGACCCGGCGGAAGAUAAUCCUGCGUGACCUCAAAGGCACAACAAGCCUGACCUUCUUACUUGGCCUCACCUGGGGGUUUGCCUUCUUUGCCUGGGGACCUGUGAGGAUCUUUUUCUUAUAUCUUUUUGCCAUUUUCAACACAUUGCAAGGAUUCCUCAUUUUCGUGUUUUACUGCAUGAUGAAGGAGAGUGUGCGGGAGCAGUGGCAGACACAUCUCUGUUGUGGGUGGUUACGACUGGAUAACUCUUCUGAUGGGGACAGCAGGUGUGGACUAGAUGUUAGGCACAAACAAGAGAGACUGAAGAAAACCUUCCAGCACAAAGUAUUGACACCAUCCUUCAAGUCAACUGCGACUAGUUCUACUUUCAAAUCUUUAGGCUCCGCACAGUGCAUUCCUUCAGAAAUAAGCUUCCCAAAUGGUGACUUUGAUGAAGAUCCCUAGUGUUUCUCUCCCUGGGGUUGUGAAGUUGUGUCUAAUUAUGUGAAAAGAAUAUUACCUGUGGACGUCCAAAUGAAUUCCACUCACAAGGAUUUCUUCAAUAAUUCCCGGCAGAGAUACCCGCCUCCCCCUACCCCCAGAUUAGGGAAAAAUGUUGGGUUUGUGAAGCCAUCUGCUCCAACUUUGUACUCUAAAUAUUAUUUUGGAAGGAGCAGAAUCAAAUAGCAUUUAGUGGAUAUUAAAGUGAGCAUAAUUCUAUUCGUUGUUGUAGCCGUUUCUUUUUCUAGAUAAGAUUUGAGCCUAUAUUUAUGACA